AUGAGCACAUUUGACAAAAUAUAUCGUAGUGUAAUGCCAUUAAAAUUUUUUAGCGAAGGAUGGGGUCCUCCCGAUACGUUGAUAAAGUUGAUAGAAAAUAUGAAAAUUGUGACUAAUCGAGAUAAAUUUUGUUCAGUGAACAUCAGAACAGACAUUCAUAUUGAUAAAAAAACCGAGGACAAAAGCACUAUACAGAUCGAAGGAUCAUUCAUAUCUCCAUUUGAUUCAGUCAUAUCUAAUGCACUAAAAGGUGAUAACAGAAUCGCAAGGUUUCAAAUGAUCAUCCCUAGGAAGUGGUCUACAAGCUAUCGCGCAGUUUGUAUACACUUUUCUGGCACCGGUGAUCAAAACUAUUAUAGGAGGAGAGUUUUUCUCGCCAGUAGUUUAAUAAAGGACGGAAUAGCGUCCAUCAUCUUGAUGCAUCCGUUCUACUCUAAGCGCAAACCCGAUGAGCAGCAAGGUUCUGGUCUGAAUUCUGUUUCUGACCUUUUCAUCAUGGGUGGAGCUUUGAUUAUGGAAUGCAGCGCAUUGCUGAAAUGGUGUGAACAUAAUGGCUACGGACCGUUUGCACUUCACGGAAUUUCAAUGGGUGGUUAUAUGUCAGCCCUGUGUGCAACCGUUUGGCCGAAACCUAUUUCACUAAUUCCUUGUUUGUCUUGGACUUCAGCAUCAUGCGUGUUUUUGGAGGGUAUUCUAUCGAAUACAGUAAAUUGGUCUGUAUUAACAAAACAAUAUUAUUCUGAUUCUGCAUAUUCUGAUGUAAUCCGACCUCAGAUUCAACCAGCUGUCCCAGAAUUCUGUAAAGUAACUGAUGAAACUUCUAAUGAUACUUUGGAUGAUUAUCUACAAAAUUCACCAAGAAUACCCAUUUCAAUAAACUCUUUACAUUCAAAACACUCAGAUACUGUAAAUGUUGCUCCUUUGGCUACAUUCACAAAACAAUCAGAUUCACGUUUACAUCCUAUUAAAAGACAUUCUUUAAAAUCAUCACUCUCGAGUUUUCAAGUUCGUGAUCUAUUGUCUCAGUUUAUUAAUACAUCUAAUUCAGCCUCCCAGUUAUCGUCAUCCCAUCCGAAUACACACAUAUUUACUGUUGCUCAAAAGUUUCUUCCCAGCACUAUGUACACUGGUUUUCCAAAUUUUUUGUCUUCGUUUAAUUUCAAUAGAGUUUUUCGUUUCCAGUCAAAUAGUUCUCGAUGGCAUAAACAAAUCCCGUCAUUUCCACGUGUGUCUUCGCCAAGUGUUAGUUUUUCGCGUACAAAUCUAUCACCAGAUCUGGAAGUUCGACAAUUUCUUCGUGAUCUUCUGGAUUAUUUUACUCAUUUAGGAAAUUUUUCUCCAGUAAUAGAUUCUCGACUUGUUCUAUCGGUUGCAGCCGAAUAUGAUGCAUAUGUUCCGAGAGGUAGUGUUUGUUCACUGAAAAAAGUAUAUCCUAAUGGUGAAAUUCGUUUUUUGCCACAAUCUGGUCAUGUUGGUGCUUAUGUGAAAAAUUCUAUUUGGACAAAUGAUUUCAGAAAAGCAAUAAGUGAUUGUUUAAAUCAACAAGUACAGUUAUAUCAUCAUGAACCUGGACCAUUUGGCCGAAUUAACACAACUCGUUAUUCACGGACUCAGUGAAAAGCAUUAGCUGUAUUUUGUGCUGCCCAAGGACUUCAUGGAGUAUUGCUUUGAAUCCCUAAAUAUUCUUCAAUGGUAGAGACUCCAUCAAAGCUAAUAAAUGGAAGAAUUCUUCGUUCGAAUAUGAAGUGUUUUGAGUUUGUAAAAGUUACAUAUCGUGAAAACGACCUUCGACCAGCCAUGGAGAUUGUGGUGAAGAAUGUCAGUAAAUUUAUGGUGCGAAUUCUAGAUAUCAAUGAUUUGAGUGUACACAACCGAUAUGUUGAUCAAAUACAAUUCCAGAAACUGGGUGAGUCUGUUCCAAUUUCGAUUAGUUAUGUUGGAUCCAUUUUGCAAGUGAA